AUGGAUUCCCAUUCCUUAUCGCAUGCGUCCACCCUGCUCGCACGAGCCGAAGAUUCCUCCAACGGCCGCCCACCCGUGUACAAGGCGAUCGGGAUCUCGCUGGCAGUCGCAUCGGGCGUCUUCAUCGGCAUUUCCUUCGUGAUCAAAAAGAUCGGUCUACUCAAGGCGAAUGUGAAAUACAAUGAAGAGGCCGGAGAAGGGUAUGGCUACCUCAAGAACUUCUGGUGGUGGACGGGGAUGACCCUGAUGAUCAUGGGGGAGAUCUGCAACUUUGUUGCGUAUGCCUUUGUCGAUGCGAUCCUGGUCACGCCCCUUGGAGCGCUGUCGGUGGUGAUCACUACCAUCCUCUCGGCCAUCUUCCUGAAAGAACGCCUCAGUUUUGUCGGUAAGGUUGGCUGUUUUUGCUGCAUCAUUGGGUCCGUGGUAAUCGCCAUGAAUGCGCCCGAGCAGUCGUCUGUCAGCGACAUCCAGGACAUGCAGCAUUUUGUCAUCGCCCCAGGGUUUCUGUCGUAUGCGGGGGUGAUCAUUGUGGGCUCGGUCAUCACUGCCCUCUGGGCUGGCCCGCGCUGGGGAAAGAAGAAUAUGUUCGUGUAUAUCAGCAUUUGCAGUAUGAUCGGAGGCUUGAGUGUGGUGGCAACCCAAGGACUGGGUGCUGCUAUCCUCGCCCAGAUCAACGGCAAGUCGCAGUUCAAGGAGUGGUUUCUCUACGUCUUGUUUGUGUUUGUCAUUGCGACGCUGUUGACCGAGAUCAUCUAUCUCAAUAAAGCAUUGAACAUCUUCAACGCCGCCCUCGUCACCCCUACGUACUAUGUGUUCUUCACCAGUGCUACGAUCGUGACAUCCGCCAUUCUGUUCCGAGGAUUCAAGGGCUCUGCAGUCCAAAUCACGACCGUAAUUCUAGGCUUCUUGCAGAUCUGCGCCGGCGUGGUUCUGCUACAGCUGUCCAAAUCUUCCAAGGAUGUGCCCGACGCGGCUGUCUUCAAAGGCGACUUGGAUCAAGUGCGCGAGGUUGCAACACAGGAAGAACCCGAGUCCGAGCCCAAGGCGGACUCGAUCCGGGGCGCGGCGGCCAUCAUUCGUCGCAUCUCAACUGCUCGUCGCACUACGGAGGCUGAGGAAGCCCGCCGUGUCUUUCAUGAUAGGCAUGAGGAUCAACUGAAACCGCCCAGUGAGAAUGAAGUUUUCGAAUGGGAUGGUCUGCGCCGGCGCAGAUCGACAAUUUCUCGCCCUUACACACCUCGUACGCCUUCGAUCAAGCAACAACUCCCACCUUUGGGCAUGUCCCGACUUCCUGAACCCUACUCUGAGGAUGAAGAGGAUCAUCGUCCAAACACAACACAGAGUGGCCACUCAUUCCUGGAUGGCAUCCGGUACCGCGCAUCAAGUGUGCUUCAUCCUACACAAUGGAGGCCCCUGCACGAACAGGAUGAAAAGACCUACCCAAGUGAUGGCGCUGUCGAUACAGAGUAUCAUGGUGCAGGUGGCACCCUCAAUCCCGGCCGGCAACGCAGCGAUACCCCGCGAUCCGUUUCAUGGGUUGAUGAAAAGCCUCCUGCUCACACGCCCCGCCGCCAGUUUUCCUUCAACUCGAUGUUCCAGCACCUUAGAGCCGGUGGCAUCCUUCGUCGGAAGCAUCGUCUACCGGGCACCGAUCCUCUCAAGUCCGCGACGGAAGAGGAACAGCUAGGCCUAGUGCAAGGUGGUUCGCGAACCGCCCAGCCUGAAGAGGAAACCUUGAACGAGAGGCUAGAGCGCUGGUCCAGCAGCGAUUCCGACCUGAGCGAUGCUCAACCCAUGUACACCAACCGCAAUCACGGCGCAUCCGUGUCAACCAUGUCGACUACGGCAUUCCCGGCAUACGAGGACCACCAAGCCUUCUUCUUGUCCCAUGACGCAGAGUCGAACCCCUACUAUCUCCCGCCCCUCGGGCAAGCCUUGUCACCAGGACCCAUCGAAGACGAUGGCCGGCAACUGCCCUCGGCGAAACCCCGGUCUCGCACAAGAACCGACUCGUCCCAUGGCCACGCCCCACCUCCAGCACAAUCCUCCUUCUCUACCCAUCGCCAUCCCAACCCCCUACCACCCCUGCCCGACGAGACCUCAUUGUCCGCUGAACCAGCCGGCAUGAGGUCCGUGUCCUCUGCCUCGUCCGACCUCGGCGUGGAGUCACUGUCUUCUUCUAUGGAAAGCGACAGUGCCGAUGCUCCAACUGUGUAUCCUGCUCGUCGUCAGAGUGGCUGGCGUCGGCAUAUGUCCGAGGCCAGUAGCACCGACGCUGAGACAUACCAGCAACGAGGACAGGGCCAGGGCCGUGGUGGCUCUGGGGCGUUUGUAUAA